AUGGUUCCAUUUGAGGACGUACUGUCUCAGGUGAGAAAAGCUUUACAGGUCAGCCCUAGCCUACUGCACCAGCUUCUCAGAGAGCUGCACGAGGCCAAUGUCUUCUCCACCCAGUAUUACCAGUCUCUCUACAAGGAUGGUGAAGAUGGAGAGCAACAUUUGCGUGACGUUUUUUAUAAUGAUCCAGAAGAUCUGGCCAGAAGACUCUCUUUGCCUAUCUGGCAAAACUGGGACAUCAGUCAAGGCAUCCUGGAUUCAGUACUCUCCAAAGAGGAGUAUAUGGUUCCUUCUGAAUGUGUUAAGGACUACAUACAUCACAUAAAAUCCUACAUGAGAGAUGUCUGCUGCUCUAUGCGUGGGGGAAUGGUAAUGGAGUCACACUAUGUGGACAUGCAUCUGGUCCAGAGGAAACUCCUUAUCAAAUCCGGCAAGAAUGCAAAUAAGUGUUUGGAGAAAGAACUGGUCAUCCUUAGUGAUUCAGAGCGAAAGAAAGCAAAGCUGGACAGAAGCCAGUUGUUUCAUAACAGUGAUUCCAGACAGUCAGUCACUCUCCUUGGAAAAGCCGGAGUGGGAAAAACCACAUUCAUUCAGCGUUUAUGCUUGGACUGGGUGAGCGGCAGCCUGCCUCAAUUCCAGUUUGUUUUUUUGUUGAACUGUAAAAUUUUAGACCUCACACAAUCAAACUACAGCUUGAAAGGUUUACUGUUCGAUUUGUCUAUGUCUCCUCGCUGCAAGGACUCAGACUCUGUGUUCAAACACAUUCUGUCCUGUCCUGAUGAAGUUCUAAUUAUCUUUGACAGCUUUGAUCACAUUAAAGACUUUGAGGGGCUUCUCCAGUCCCCUGCGAAAUCACACACAAACACUAAAUACACCAUCAAACAGCUAUUUUCAGGUUUGUUCCAAAAGGAAAUCCUCUCGGGCUGCACGCUUCUCAUCGCCACGAGGCCUAAAGACGUUUUAAAUCAGGUGCUGCGAAAAAUGGACAGCCUUUUGGAGCUUUGUGGCUUCUCUCCUGAGGACAUUGAGUUGUAUACGUCAAAAUAUUUCGGGGAUGGUUCCCUCCAAAAAAGUGCACUAAAACAGAUUAAGAAUCACAGAUACAUAUCUAGUUUAUGCUCCAACCCGCUACUUUGUUGGACUACCUGCUUCCUGCUCGAGCACCAAGACAGCUGCAAUGAUGAUUUGCCUUCAACCCUCACGGACUUGUACCAAAGAGUGACCUCAAAGCAUCUGCAACUAGCUAGCCUUAAAAAUAGCUCCCUGUGUAAAAAUAGAAAACAGCUGAACAUCCCACAGUUGUGCAAAAUGGCAUGGGAGGGACUCGAGAAUCAUGAUACACGUGUAAACCCUGCCAGUUCUACAGAGCUGCUGGACUGCGCUCUUAAAAGUGGCAUACUUGCAUCCUACAAAGCAUCUGAGCAUCAGGAAAGCCACUUUGUAGACCUUUUCACUCAGAACCUCCUGAGCGCUGUGCACCUUGUACAGUCUGAACAGGUGAAUGAAAAAAUGGUGGUGGCAAACAGCGUAGUCCAUCAGAAGAAACGAAAGGUUCAGGGAGAGUCACAGGACGUGCUGCAUAGGUUUGUCACGGGCUUGGUCUUCCAGAAGGCUGCAGAUGGAGUCAGCAUUCUGGACAGCAGUGUCAACAUAAAAGCCAAAAGAAAGGCUGUCGAAACCCAUCUGGAGAGCAUGAAGCCUAAUGAUCUGGUUCCUAACAGGUUACUAGAACUGUUUCAUUGUGUUUACGAGACCAGCAGUGCCAAAUUUGCCAAACUGCUGUUGAAGAACCUGCCUGACAAUCUGUCAUUCUAUGGGACGCAGCUUUGCCCAUUGGACGUGUAUGUUAUAUGCCAUCUCCUUCAACAAGCCAGCGCAUUGAAGCGGACCUUCUCCAUUAACCUGCAAGAUACAUGUAUUCCCAUCUGUGGCCUCAAAGAGCUUGUGGGACUCAAAUGUAUCAAAUCAUUCUGGGCACAUACAGCAGACACCAUUGGCUUAUGGGAGGACUUGCAUCAAAGCAAUGAUGAACUGAACCUGAAAAGUGCCAUUGAGAAAUUCACCUUGCACCCACUCAAGGCAACACAAGGUUAUCACAUAGAGAACCUGCCUGUACUUGUCCAAAUUCACAGAGAGAAGAAGUUACCAAUGAGUGAAUUUGUGUCUGCACUGGAUGAAGGUGUACCAGCCCUCCGGCAUCUUCAGAGACUGGAAUUUGAGCUCGGAGUCCAGAACGGUCCUGAACUUUUCCCUAAACUCAUAGAGGUUCUGCCUUCGCUGCAGUCUCUCCAACAUCUGGAGUGA